CGGAGUAUGAAGAAGCCAGAAUGGCAAGAGAAAGAGUUCGGGCGUUUGGAGAGGCAACCAAAUAUAUUCCGUUUGUUGGAUCAUCGGUCAAGAGACUUUCUGAAACAGUCCUGAAACAAUACGUUGAUAAUGCCAAAUAUUGCCUUGACUCUGCCACAUCAGCUUUGUCCAAUGCUACAGACGCCCUACGUCAGAUGGAAAAAGAACGAGAAAAUACACAAGAAGAUAUCACAAGACGUGAAAAGGAAAAGACCAAAAUGGAAGAAGAAAUGAACAGGAUUCAGAAGAACAUUUCUACAUUCAGGAAUGACAUAAACGAGCAAAACAGAACCCUCACAGCAUUGAGGAAGGUGAUGACUCGUCUGGGUAAAGUGUCGGGACGAGCAGAAGUACUAAGAGAUACAACCGCCAUCAUGAAUGAUAUAGCAGUUCUCGGGAUCCCUCUUAAGAGUUUGUUUGACAGUUUAGAGGAGUUCAUUACUCAACCCGAUCUCUGGAAAAGGGUGCUUGCUAGUCCUGUAUUUCAGGCCAUUUGUGAUGAUGACGAUGAUGAUGACGACGAUGAAUGGUGAAAGGAAACAGAAACAUACCUGUAGUUGUAAAAAACAUAAGCCAUGAAUUUGUGAGUCAGGACAUUAUAAAUGAAUAUUAACAAAAGUUUUAAAAAUAUAUGUCUGUGCUUUUGUGUGUUUUGUCAAAGAUGGAGACUUCGGUUUAUCGAGUGGAUGUUUUUAGGCUGUUUGGGAAACGGAUUUUCUUGCGAGAGUCUUCUUCCAGAACAUACAAGCCAUAGAAUGUGUUAAUAUUUAUGAAGAAUUUAUGUUUUACAUUCUGUGUUAGCACAAACAGCCUUCAAAUGAACAGUUUUCCAGUAAUUCUAAAAUACAAUUAUUUUUUCACGUAGUUUGGAACGAACUAUAUAUUUGUAAAGAGCAGAGACUAACAAUAACGUAACGUUUAAGGGAAAUUAACACUGCUUUCACGUUUUCUGUAAGUGCCAUAUUCAUAUCAUGUAGAAUUGACAUCAGGUACUGGUACAUUAUUCAUUUUGGUGGUACCAUGUUCAAGUGUCAUAAAUUUGUGUCUCCCGAAUUGUAUAGGAGAGCUACAGAACAUUG